AUGACAGAGCGAACGCCUAAGCCAUCUGUCAAUGCACAUCUCGUCGCCCACGCGACCAAGAGGGAGGCUUGUCCCGUCGCCGCCGCCAUCCAUCUUCCUCGGGAUCCCCAUCGCUCAAAUCCCACGCUAUCUCUGUUUCCCCACCGAGCCAAUCCCCUCCACCUCGCAGCAGCCAGCCCCGCGCCUCCCUUCUCCUGCGGGGACGCGUCCCCGCCACGGCAAGCCACAACAGCCAGGACCCGGGAGCCUCGCGCCCACAGCCAGGUGCUGCACCUCGAGCUCCUGAGCGUGCUGCCCGACCCCGCCGACUCCUCCGACCGGCCGGCCGCUGAGCCGCCGGAGCCGCAACAGCCAGUCACCGGCGCGACCGCCGCCUUGACCUCCCAGCACCGCAAGGCCCGUGGCCUCCUUCUCUUCCCUCUCUCACUUGUUCUCCCUCUCACGCAUCCCUCUCUCUGUUGGAUAUGCGCAGGAGCUGUCCUGUCAUGGGCGCGUCCUGCGCGAGCUUGCAGGUCGCCGCCGAAGCUCCUGGGCGGCCGUGUGAUGUCGGGAAUCGGUCCCUGCCGCCCGGAUCCUCCCGUCCCCAUUGUGGAUCUGGAUCCCCACGUCCUCCUCGUGUCGCCUGAGCCCGGAGCCGCCACCACGAUUGCAGCUAGGCCGACCCUGUUUCACCUGGUGUUCGUGAGUUGCAGGUACAUGUAAAGUGAUAUUAAGACGUCAGCGCGA